AUGUCGCACACCGUCUGGGCACCAGGAACUGUCACCGCGCACCUUGCAUGGAUAUCCUCCAAUCACAACUUCCACCUCUACGGCUCCAUCGUACGAUUCAGGAAGGUCCACAAGCUCUGCGUUAUUGGCAACUGCAUCGUGCUAGUACUUAUGUGA